UAGCGGGGCACGUUACUGCGCAAGUGCAUUCUUGCACGGGUAGUCUGACAGAACAGCGAAUAGGUCUGUUGCCUAGUGAAGAAUUUGAAAUCUAGUAAAAUAAGUAAUCAAAAUAAGAAAUUCUUUAAGAUUGAAUACGUUUCGCCCAUGUUUUAUUUCUGUAAAUUGAGCGGACACUGAUAAAUUAAUCGCGGAACUGUUUGGGGAUAAAGGUGGGGAGAUGUCAUACCACUCGUCUUCUCGCAGCUCUUCUCGUAACACCGAUUGCAAGGUCUAUGUUGGCGACUUAGGCAACGGUGCUGCCAAGGGUGAGCUAGAGCGAGCGUUCAGUUACUAUGGCCCUUUACGCACGGUUUGGGUGGCCAGGAACCCCCCAGGUUUUGCAUUUGUGGAGUAUGAGGAUGCCCGUGAUGCAGAGGACGCAGUUAAAGGCAUGGAUGGAAAGGUGCUGUGCGGCUCUCGGAUCCGUGUGGAGCUGUCCACUGGCAUGUCACGGAAGACCAAACAUGGCCGCCCCAGCCGCCGCCACUUUGACCCUCAAGACCGCUGCUACCAGUGUGGGGACAGGGGCCACUAUGCCUACGAUUGCUACCGUUUCAGCAAGAGGGGAGGAGGUCGUCGGAGCAGAUCACGCUCUCGCUCCCGGUCUCGUUCCGUCUCCAGGUCACGUGGCAGCCGCUAUCGAUCCCGCUCCCGCAGCAAUGACCGCAGCAGGCACCGCUCCCCAUCUUAUCCCAAACGUAGGAAGAGGUCUGGUUCCCCUGUGCGGUCAAAGUCCAGGACCUCUGUUAGGAGUCGUUCCCGUUCUCGGUCAGGGUCCAGGGCCAGAGGGCGUUCUGCGUCUCGCUCUCGCUCCAGAUCCCGCUCUCCCAGCCAUAAGAGGAAUAGGUCCCUCUCCUAGAAUGACCAGGCCAGACCUUGAUUAGCUUCAGAGAGUCGCACACAGAGCUGAUGAGCCUAUACUCCGAGACAGAGGGGCUGUUUGGGUGACGGCUGGGGGGAGCGGGGCUCUUCUCUUUUCUCUUCUCCCUCAGAUCCAGCCUCAAUUUGAUUAGCUUCAGAGGGCGAGAGAACCUCAAAAACCCAAAAGAGAAAUCUGUCGUGAUCAGACUCCAGUGACCAAUCGCAUCAGGCCUUUUUUUAAAGAGAGAGUGUGGGGAGUCGACUGACUGCACAAGCACUUACCAGGGUCAUCCCUUGCGGUGUUAACGUCCUCCCGGAGGGUGACAAGGGCUGACAAGAAAUCAGCCUACACCACCACGCUGGUUAAAGAGGUCGUCCGACGCACGUUUUGACGAGACACAUCCAUCCUACGCGCGCACACACAGUUGUUCCACCCACCCCACUCCCUCCCAGAACCCACGCACCACAGACCUGAACGCUGAGCCGAGUUCAGUCGACCAGUUAAGGCCCCCUCCCUACAGAGCCCGGCCUCUUGCUUAGCUUCUGAGAGGGUGAGAAAGGAGAGCUGACGAGAGAUCAGACUUCAAGACCCUCCGAGUGUGUCUUCGAGUUCUAGCAUCCGUCGCUUCUCUGUACAUGUUGUUUCUGCCACUGUCUCCAAAGGUAACGAAAACCCAAGAGUCAAUGUCAUUCAUGAUCAGAACGCAGACGUAUAGUCUGAUACUCCCUAACAUACUGUACACUAACAUUCAACUAUACAGAGCAUGCACUGUCAGAAUCCACAGGUGUAUGUGUGUGUGUUUCUGUCUGGGUGGGUGUAUGAGUGUUUAGUAUUUGGAAUACAUUACAUAUUAUCCUGGGUGUAGUGAUAGUGUUUUAUUUUUUAGGGAGCAUGUAGCUGAUUUACUUACCUUGAUGGUGGCUUGUGCUUAUACUGUAUAUUAGGUCAACCUAUUUGAAUGUUUGCGCUGUUCCCUUUGGUUUUAAGUAACUGUCUGCACAUAGUUUACCAUAUCAAGGUAGGAUUCUAAAGACUUGGGCUUUUGCCAUUUAUUUGGUCAGUAUUUGUUUUGGGUGCCAUUUGUAAAGUUCUGGUCUUUUGUCUAUUUGUGUGAAAAUGCAAGGGAGGAUUUUAGCACCUCAAACCCCCUUUAAAACAUCCUAGUCUCUCAAUACCCAGCUCCUCCAUUUACUUGACCUCUGGAACUUUCACUUGUUGGCUGAAUUAUGCUAAAUUAAUUAGGGUUCUCCCUACAUGUUAUAUCAUUUGUGGAAGUUGGCGAUAUCCAAUGAAGCUGUAAUGUGUUGUAUUUAUAAAGUAUGAAAGUGACUUGACCAAGGCAAACUGGUUGUAGUGGGACAGAGUUCAUUAUGGGCCAGCAGUGUUGGAGCUGUGAUUGGUUCUGAGAUGGGUGCCGGGUUAGUUAUUGAGAGGACAUGCUGGGACAAGAUGGGUGCCGGGCUAGUUAUUGAGUGGACAUGCUGGGACAAGAUGGGUGCCGGGCUAGUUAUUGAGAGGACAUGCUGGGACAAGAUGGGUGCCGGGCUAGUUAUUGAGAGGACAAGAUGGGUGCCGGGCUAGUUAUUGAGAGGACAUGCUGGGACAAGAUGGGUGCCGGGCUAGUUAUUAAGUGGACAUGCUGUGUCUGCCCUGUACUUACACUUCUCUCUGUCUGUUUCAGUCGUUCCAGAUCUCCAAGCCAGAAAAAAAGCCCCACCCCAGGCGAAGAUUGAUUUGAAGACUAAACUCGUCCCCAUCCCCCUCCAACCAACUG